GGAAUUAACCCCUUGGGAGCAAGAAUAUUUGGAGGAGAUGUACGAGCAAAAGGAGGAGUAUGAAAGACAACUCAAGAUCAUGGAGGAAGAGCAACAAGAGGAGGCCGAAGAGAAGCUCCGAGAAUCAAGCGAACGCGAGGCCAAGCGUAAGGAGGAGAAAGUUGCGAUCAACGACUUAGGCCCACCUAUGCCUGACGAUCAAACCGAUGAUACACACAUAGACGUCGAAGAAACAGAGGUAGUCGAGGUAAUUGGUGGCGCAAUCAAGCGCGCGGAUGUUGUCGAUGGUGAGGUCUCGGCCGAGUUCAAAGAAGCCAAGACCGAAGGAGACAAAGAGAUGGGGGAGGUUCGAGAAGGGGAUGAAGAGGGCGUACAUGAGGAAGUUACGUUCAUAGUCCUAGAUGUCGAAGAAGAUGUUCCCGAUGUUUGGAUGGUCGAGGAUGAAUCCUUGAGGACAAGGAAAGUCUCGAAGAGGAGGGGAAUGAUACGGAAGUGGGUUUCGAACCCCUGCGACAAGAAGGGCCGAGAGCCAAGAGGACUCGAGGAGGCUGAAAAUAGGGCCAAAACGAUGCAAGCAUGGCUUAAAAGACGGGUACGAGCGCGUAUGCGGAUGGGCUUGGAUCGAAGAGUGCAGGGACGUGAUGCACGAGCGCACGAAGCGGUUAAUGAGGGUCGUGCAUGGAAAUGCGCAAGGACACGCAAGAAGAUGGUCUCGAGGCUAGCAACACUCACACGCAAGAAAGA